GCUGCGGCCGCCGCGCCUGCGUAGUGCAGCGGGGCGGCAGUCGGGGUCACCCUGAGCGGCGGACGGUGCGGCAAUGCUGAGCCGGUUCCUGGGCCCGCGCUACCGCGAGCUGGCCAAAUACUGGAUGCCCACGGCAGGCAUGUGGGGCGCCGUGGGCACCGUGGGGCUGGUGUGGGCCACGGACUGGCGGCUGAUUCUGGACUGGGUGCCCUACAUCAACGGCAAGUUUAAGAAGGACAAUUAAACCGGCCGCCCUCGGACCCCUCCGGACAACAGGAGCCAGGAGUGGUGCUCACCCUGCCUUGUCCCUCUCCAGCCGUCUGCUGCUGCCGUGUCCUUCCCUGGGAGCCCCUGCGGUGCCCGGACCAGCCCACGCCCUCAGCAUGGGCCGUGAGAAAAGUGACAGCGUGACUGAGGGCUGUGUUUCUGACGGUAGCUUUCUUGUCUGAAUGCACACAGCAUUAAACUUGCUCUGAAACCUGG